AAAUAUAAAUCACAAAAAUAAAUUACGAAACGUAUUGUUUAAAGAAUAAAGAGAAUUUUGUUUAAAUUGUUUAUUUACAGUUUAGUUGUCUAAGAAUUUGUCUAAAAUUUGCUAUUAUUACAACAGAAUGUUCACAUAUGUUUUAUCUUUUUGAAAAAAGUCAGGAGAUUACCCCAUAAUGUUUGGACAACUACAACUUUACUUAUGUAACUGCUAUUAUCUGGUAAGAAGCAAAUAAUUAGAUGCCCAAUAUGCAUUGGUUUACCAUAACUCACUUAUGUAAUAUUUCAAUUUUUCAUGUAGCUUAAUUACUACAAUAGUGGUUUUCCUUUUCAAAGCUAACUAAAUGUUGGGAUUUAAAUGUUGCAAGGCUUGAAUACUUUGUUGAUUUUGUUUUAGCUGUGUUCUGUUUUUUGUUGUGAAUCUAUCCUAUCCAGCCUUUUCAAUUUGUAUCACAAGCUAUUUUUUGUUUAUUCACAUAUCGAGCCUUGAACAAAUGGUGAUCAUUCACAGUGGUCAAAAAAACCUUACCCACUAUGGUUGUCUUGGCAUAACAAAGAGUUAUGGAGGGCUUCGUGGAGCUGUGGCGUUUUGCUUGGCUGUUUUAAUUAAAUCAACCAACAGUGUAUUUCGAAAUGUAGUUUUCACUACGACAGUAAUAGUGGUCAUUUUCACUGUCUUUGUUCAGGGUACCACAAUUAAAAAGCUAGUGAAACUUUUGGGUGUUAAAAGAACCCAGAAACGAGAAAAAUCCAUGGCAGAAACUUUAAAUGAUAGAAUGCUUGGAUACAUGGUUGCUGGUGUUGAAGAGAUCAUUGGUGUGCAUGGACAUGGCUUUUGGGCUAACAUGCUUGAAGUUAUUAAUAAAAGAUAUCUAAGGCGUUGGUUAGAAAGGGAGCCAGAUUUGUUUCUAGAUGAAGAAAUUGUAUAUGCUGAAAGAAGGAUGGCAUUUAAACAUGCACUGACUUAUGCUGCCAAUCCGACAAUGAUGUUAGCAAGGGAGAAUGAUGAAGCAGAGUUAAGUGCUUUAAAACGAAACCCAUCCAUAGCUCUUCAGCUGGCGUUAAGGAGCCAGGAAUUAAAAGGAACUGAAUGUGGAAUGAUUGAUUACAACAUUCUUAAAGAUCAGGGGGAAUGUUCUAGCAAUGUUUGUUCUAAAGCUUUUAACGAGAGAACUAUAUCAAACCUUAUACCAAAAGCUAAAAAAAUGGUAAGACGUACUUACUCGCAAAGAAAAUAUACUUUGGAUUCGUUAGGUGAAAGGGACGCUAUUGAAGAUCACUAUCUACAACUAAAACGAAAUUCCUUAGUUCAAAGACCAACUAGAUCACGCAACCAGAAGGGUCAUCAUCGUCACAAGCACAAGCACAAGCACAAAAGACAAAAAGAUAACAACUCUGGUAUGAGCUCAGUCACACAAGAAACAGAUCAGCAAGAUACUGUUGUUAGGAAAGCUCGUGUAAUUCAAUCAUCUGAUCAAAAUAGUGAGACAGAAAGUGAUGACGAAGGAAUACAACUUAAAACGAAGAUGCCAACAGAAGUCACUCCAUUAGUUACUAAUCCUCUUGUCUCACAAUCAUAUAAUAAACAAAAGACAGAAGAAGACAAAGCAAAUAGCAUUGAUGAAAGCCUGUCAAGAGACGACAUGGUAAUUAAUAUAAUUGACCCAUGGGCCGAUAACUUAUCACCACCACGUAAAAGCCAGAUGAAUGCAGACAUGUCUGAUCGAUACAAAGACAGUAAUUAUACACAUGAGACUGGUUUAUGAUGAUUAGGUACAAUGCACUUGUCCUGAAAUAAGCAUAACAAAUGUUUUAACAUUCUGCAAUGUAUGAUGAUUAUAAUAAUUGAUAUUUUUCUUUUAUCACCUUUUUUCCUUGCUUUUUUCAACCAAUAUUUAAAUCUAAUACAUUUUUCAUGCGUUUUUUUCAUUCAAGCACCAUAAAUAAUUGUAACAUAGUGUGAUGCACAUCAUAAAAUAUGAGACCUGUUACCUAAAAAAACCCAUUUAUUUUACUGCUGUUGACAGAUGUUUAAUUUAUUGAAAAUAUAAUGAGGAUGAAAAUCUACUGUUGGAAUAAAAAAGAAGUUUAAUGUACAAUUUAGUUCAAAAUAUAUUUAAACAAAACAGUAAGUUGUAAAGUUUAACCACACAAGUAAUUAUUCAGGCUGUUUCUAUUAUUACCUUUGCCGUUAGGCCUUUAUAAUCAACACUGUGGAUUAUUUUGUAAUGCUAGAAAGUGCAACUAUCAGAUUUACUAAACGCUGUCCACCUAGCCUACACAUUGCAUAAGUGGCAAUUCCACAGUCUCUCGGCAAAAGACCAUCGACUGUUAAAUAUUUUUAACUAUAUUUUUUGAAAACUGACUUUGCCUAUUAAAUUUUGCCCAAGAUUUGUUUUGUUUAUGUCAAUUGUUAAUAAUCUUUUUCAGUAUAGUUUUCAAACGCUGAUUUUUCUAAUUUGUAUAAUAAUUUAAUUUGUUGCACAUAAACAGAAAUAUAGGAAUAUUUAUUCUACCAAUAAAAAUAUAUGAUUUGUUUAUUUAUGUUUGUAUAUAUUAAUAUAAUUAACUCUCAGCAUUGAGAGAAUUGUUGAAAAAAAGUUUUUUAUUAUUUGUUUAUGUCCCCAGAUUUCUUUAUGUAAGUUUAUUUUUUUACACAAUGGAUUUAUUUCCACAAUAUGGCCUUGUGUUAUCAUUUCUUAACUUAUUUUCAAUCAUGCUUCGUUGUUUAAAACUAGUUAUUAAUCAGUAUCCAAUUUGAUCAUUUCUUGUCGCCUUCAAUUAGAAAGUAAAGUAAACAAAAAAAAGAAUUGCAAAUAUAAAUCACAAAAAUAAAUUACGAAACGUUUUGUUUAAAGAAUAAAGAGAAUUU